GUGGAGUACUUGAUCAUUAAUAAGGUUUCGAUGGCAACAAAAGAUCUGUUGGCUAACCUUAGUGAUAUUGUCACACACAUUCGUAGCAAGCUCAACAAACCUGGUGAAGGACUGUAUUUUGGUGGAAUAAAUGUGAUACUAUGUGGGGAUUUCCAUCAAUUCCCACCUGUGGCAAAUGGUGAAGCAGCAUUAUACCAUCCCAAGUGUACAGGUAAACAUGCACAAAAAGGGCAAGAAAUUUACAGUUGCUUCGACAAGGUUGUGACACUUCGACAGCAGAUGAGGGUACAAGACAUUGAAGUUCUUCAUGGCCUGCGUCUCAACAUACUAGACAACCCCAAACCAGACUUCCAAGGCCCAGAGUGGAGCAAUGCAGUGUUGAUUACACCGCAUAAUUUGGCAAGGAAAAGGUGGAAUGCGAGUGCCAUACAUCAGCAUUGUGCA